AUGCUAGCUUUAAAGAUUCUAAGAACUUUCUCUGUAUAGUAAAAGCAAAAAGUCAGGGUAAGGUUUGCUCCUUCCCCUACAGGUUCUCUCCAUUUAGGAGGAUUGCGUACAGCUCUUUUCAAUUAUUUAUUUGCAAAAAAGAAUAAAGGUCAAUUUAUUUUGCGUAUUGAAGAUACAGAUCAAAAAAGGUAUGUUCCUGGCUCAGUUGAAAACAUUAUCAAGAAUUUAUAGUACUUUUAGUUGGAAUGGGAUGAAGGUCCUGGAGCUCAUGGAAAAAACAACUUAAACGAUUAUGAAAAUUAAGGACCCUUCGGUCCUUACUUUUAAUCUUAAAGACUAUAAUUAUAUUAAAAGUAUAUUAAGGAAUUAAUUUAAAAUGGAGAUGCAUACUACUGCUUUUGUGAUUCAAAUAGAUUAGAAAAGCUUAAAAAUGAUUAGAUUGAAAAGAAGUUGCCUUAAAAGUAUGAUGGACACUGUAGACAUUUGACUGAUGAACAGAUUCGUAUUAAACUGUUAAAAGGAGAAAAAUACACAAUUCGUUUAAAAGUUCCUGAAGGAGAAACUACUUUCAAUGAUAUAAUACAUGGAAAGAUUACUAUUAAUAAUUCUUAAGUAGAUGAUUAAAUUUUAAUUAAAUCUGACGGAUUUCCAACAUAUCACCUAGCUAAUGUUAUUGAUGAUUAUUAAAUGAAAAUAUCUCAUGUAAUUAGAGGUCAUGAAUGGAUAACUUCUACUCCUAAGCAUCUUAUAUUAUACGAUGCAUUAAAUAUUAAACCUCCCAAAUUUGCUCAUAUCCCUUUGCUAGUUAAAAAAGGUGGGGCUAAACUAUCUAAAAGAGAUUAAAGUUCUAGCGUUGACUUCUUUAGAGAAAAUGAGUAUUUACCAGAAGCUGUGAACAAUUUUGUUGCUCUUUUAGGCUGGUAUCCUAAAUUUUUAGAAGAUAGUUAAACUCUAAAUGAGAAGUUUAGUCCUAAGGAAGAAGUGCUUGAUAUGAGUGAAAUGGCUGCUUUAUUUUCUCUUGAAAGAGUUAAUCCAUCAAACAGCUAGGUUGAUGAAAAAAAAUUAAUUUUUUUGAAUGGUUAACAUUUACAAAUAAAAUUUAGAGAUGUUAGGAUUGAAAAAGAGCUAUAAAAUGAAUUUAUGGAUAAGAUGGUUCAAUAUAUUUAGAUAGAUAAUUUAAAGUAAAAAAUUUAAAGCUUCAAUACUGAAGAUUAGCUAUUAAUGAUAGAAACUAUUAGAGAUAGAAUAUAAUUAUAUUCCGAGAUAUCAUAGUUUAAAUACCUUUUUGAGCAACCUGAUUAUAAAAAUGAUAAUUCAUAAAAAUCUAUUCAAAAAGUUGUUAAAAGUCUAAAAAAUGCUAAUAAAGUAAUCAAAGACUUUAAGGAAAUUUUUGCAAGUCUUCACAAUUAAAAUAAAUUUGAAAUGACUUCAUUGAGCAAGGCGAUGAGCUAAUAUCUAUUUGAUAAUAAUCCUCAAAUAAAAAAUGAAGAUGUUUACCAUUUUUUGAGAUUAGCUAUGUCUGGUUCUCACUAAGGACCUUCUACUGCAACAAUUUGUCAUUUACUUGGGUAUUAAAAUGCAUUAGAAAGACUUAAUUAUUUUGAAGAAAAUGUUCUUUCUAACAUAACAGAAGUAGAAGUUGAAAAAUAAGUUUGA